AUGGAUGAAAAACAGAUCCAAGUGCUGGAUCAUCAACUGAAUGGCCUCCCAAAGAGCGCCCCCCGUGCCCGGACGGUCUUCAGUUUCGCGACGCCUCUGGACCUCGCUAUCAUUGCCCUCAGCUGCUUUGCGGCCAUUGUAGCUGGAGGUCUCAAUCCGCUCUUGACUGCAAGUUCGUCCCAGUUCUCCCCUCCAGUCUUGUAUGGUCAACUGGUAGGGUCAUUUGAUCAGUUCCAGAAUGGAAAGAUCUCCGGUUCGACGCUGAAGGAGGAUAUUUCACGGUUCACGCUGUAUUAUGUAUACCUUGCGAUUGGACUGUUCGUGUCUGUGUAUGUCACUACCGUUGGGUUCUAUUACACAGGAGAACGCAUCACCUGUACCCUGCGUAGGACUUAUCUCCGGGCUAUUAUCGCCCAGAAUAUGGCGUUUUUCGACACGCUGGGCGCUGGAGAAUUGACCACGCGCAUCACAUCGGACAUCACACAAAUUCAAGAGGCCAUCACCGGCAAUCUUUCUGUUAGUCUAACGGCGGCCGCCACGUUCAUUUCCGCGUAUGUCAUUGCAUUCGUGGAGUACUGGAAGCUGGCACUUAUCCUCACUUCAACCGUGAUUGUGUUGACCGUGACAGGCACGGUGGGUGUUGCGUUGCCGGUUAAAUGGACAAAGCAGUCGCUGGCCCUGGAAAGCACCGGUGCCACGGUGGCCGAGGAAGCCAUCAGUUCCAUCGGACAUGUCACGGCGUUUGGCAUCCAGGAAAAGCUGGUCGAGAGAUAUGACCAGCAUCUGAAACCCGCAGAGCGGCCGGGCCUCAAAGCAGGAAUCAUUACCGCGCUGAUGAUUGGCAUGGUGAAUGCCGUUCCCUACCUCAGCUACGGUCUCUCAUUCUGGGAGGGAUCGCGGCUGCUGGUGCGAGGAGAGCUGAGUAUCUCAGGAGUGACCACUUCUACUCUCGCGAUUGUCAUCGGAGCCUGGGCCGUCGGACGGGUGGCGCCCAAUGCUAAAUCGUUCAUCUCCAGUAUCGCUAGUGCCGCUGCCAUUUUAGAAUCCAUUGCCCGUGAAUCUCCGCAGGAUCCUUUCUCCACCGGCGGAGAUUCUCUCGAGAAUGCUUGUCUAGAUAUAAAAUUCCGUGAUGUUCAGCUCGUCUACCCGUCCCGUCGCGAGGUGAUAGUGCUCCACCAACUAAAUUUAGUCGUUCCGGCAUCCAAAACGACCGCGCUGGUCGGGGCAUCUGGGUGCGGGAAGAGUAGUAUCAUCGGGCUGGUCGAGAGGUUUUACUCGCCUACAGGCGGAGAAAUAUUGCUUGGAAACCAUAAUAUCCAGUCACUCAACUUGAAUUGGCUCCGCAGUCAAAUCUCUCUGGUCGGACAGGAGCCGACGCUUUUCAAUACGACGAUCUUUGAAAACAUUGCCUACGGGCUCGCCGGACAGGAAGCGUCGCUGACGGCUCAAGAGCUCCAGAGCCUUGUAGAAGAAGCUGCAAGGAAAGCCAACGCUCAUGACUUCAUUUUAGGCUUACCCCGAGGUUACCAAACCGAAGUCGGGGAGAAGGGCACUCAGCUCUCCGGCGGCCAAAGACAACGCAUUUGCAUUGCUCGUGCCAUAAUCAAAAACCCCCAGAUUCUUCUCCUCGAUGAAGCCACCUCGGCAUUGGAUGUCCAAGCGGAACGAUCGGUGCAAAAGGCCCUGGCUGCUGCUUCACAGGGCCGGACAACGAUCGUCAUCGCGCACAGACUAUCCACAGUUCGGGAUGCAGACAAUAUCGUCGUGAUGGCGGAUGGACGCAUUGUCGAACAAGGGACGCACGACCAUUUGAUGGCCUACAACGGUCGGUACGCUGAGCUGGUGCGCAAGCAGCAGGUUUCGGGCGAAUCCGUCAUGGCAGUGGAGAGUGGAGAGAUGAGCAGUCAGGGAACAGAUACUGAGAAGCUCUUGGAUAGUGAAUCGGAUCUGGGCUGUAGUCCUCUGGCGGAAAAGGGCACACCUCAUCCCAAGACCGAAAGAGUUCCCAGCAGUGCUCCGACGGAGUCUUCGCAAUCGAAGAGUGUAGCAUCCUCGUGGAAUGGUUUGUCCAAUGCUAUGAGACUCAUUGGGAAGUUGAGUCGACCGGAAACGAUCCUUACUCUUGUGGGAACUGUUCUAGCUAUCGUGGCAGGCUUGAGUGUUCCUGCGCAAUCUAUCAUCUUCGCUAAACUUAUUGACGCAUUAUCUUUGACCACUGUACGCCACUUGCGCGACAGCGUCAAUUUCUGGUCGCUAAUGUACCUGGCAUUGGGACUGGGAAUCUUCGUCGUCUGGCUCGUACACGGAGUCAUCUUCGCCUACACGACGGAGAAACUCGUCCAUCGUGCACGCAAGCAAUGCUUCCGCCACAUUCUGAGACAGGAGGUUGACUUCUUCCACCUAGAGGAGAACUCGACUGGGGCCCUGACGUCGCUCUUAUCUUCGGCUCCAACCGAUCUCAAAGGGCUCAGUGGCCCGGUGCUGGGUGCCAUUCUCACAUUCAUCGCCACCAUCGUGGGAGGUAUCGUGUUAUCCUUGGUCAUUGGAUGGAAGUUAGCCCUCGUGUGCACAGCAACGAUUCCCUUAGUCGCCGGCUUUGGCUGGGUCCGACUGGCAAUGUUGAGCCUUUUCGCAGACAAGAUGAAGAAGACACAUCAGGAAUCAGCGGCGUAUGCUAGCGAGGCCGUUUCGGCUAUCCGGACCGUGGCCUCGCUCACGAUGGAGACUCGUGUUCUGCAGCACUAUGACACCAUCAUUUUCAGCAAAUCCAAGGAGUCGGUUCGCUCCAUCUUCCAAGCCUCGGCCUUCUACGCCCUAUCCCAGUCUAUCACAUUCCUCUGCGCGGCGCUGGCCUUCUGGUACGGAGGCACUCUACUCUCCCGACACGAAUACACCGUCGUGCAGUUCUUCAUCUGCUUCGCCGCGCUGAUCUCCGGCGCCCAAACCGCCGGCGUCAUUUUCUCCUACGCGCCCGGCAUGAGCAAGGCAAUGGGCGCCGCUCGGGACCUCCGCAACCUCUUCAACCGGCGUCCCGCAAUCGAUAGCUGGGACACGUCCGGCAAGCCAUUCGACAAGGAAGCCUGCAGUGGCCGUAUCGAGCUCCGAAACGUCAGCUUCCGCUACCCGUCGCGACCGGAGCGGGUCGUCGUCGACAACUUCAAUCUAACCGUGCAACCGGGCCAGUUCGUCGCCCUGGUAGGAGCAAGCGGGUGCGGAAAGAGCACGCUGAUCGGCUUGCUCGAACGCUUUUCUGACCCGACAUCGGGCCAGAUCCUACUAGACGACCAGGAUAUCUCAACCCUGAAUGUGGCCAGUUACCGUAGCGCCAUAUCCCUGGUCGGUCAGGAACUGACGCUGUUCUCGGGCACCAUUCGUGAGAACUUACUGCUGGGGACAAUGGAUGACGUUUCGGAGGACGAGAUCAUCCAGGCCUGUGUGAAGGCUCACAUAUACGAUGUCAUCAUGUCAUUACCAAACGGCUUCGCUACCGAUCUAGGGUCGAAGGGUGUCAUGCUCAGCGGAGGGCAAAAACAGCGAUUGGCGAUUGCGCGUGCUCUCCUCCGCAACACCAGGAUCCUGCUCCUGGAUGAGGCGACUGCAGCGCUGGAUUCUCGCUCCGAAGCGAUGGUGCAGGAGGCGCUGAAUAAGGCGUCCGAGAAAAGGACGACGAUUGCCGUGGCGCACCGGUUGAGUACGAUCCAGCACGCGGACGUUAUCUGCGUGCUGGAGGCAGGGAGAGUAGUUGAGGUCGGAAAUCACCGGGAGUUGAUGAGAAAAGAAGGUGUGUAUGCUGGGAUGGUGGAUAUGCAGAAUCGAGGAUUAGUCAUUGAGUAG